AUGGGCGACGACGCCCCGGGCGGCGGCGGCUCCGCCGCCAGCACCGGGCAGGCCGCCGACUCGGACACGGAGGGCGCCGCCGCGCCAGAGGGCCGCGCGCCGCCCGCGCGCGUCCCCAGGUGCUUCGUGUUCGACCUGGACAACUGCUGCUGGACACCGGAGAUGUACCAGAUGAGCUCCGGGUUCAGCUACGACGGGGCGAGGAACGUGUGCCGGUCCAGGCGCGGCGGCGAGACGGUGCGGUUGCUCGGCGAUGUGGCCCACGUGUGGAACACGAUCCGCACCGACCCGGCUUUCGGAGGGGCUGCCAUCGCCGUGGCUUCCUGCUGCGACGAGCCAGCAUGGGCCCGGGAGUUGCUGGCUCUGUUCGAGGUCUCGGAGGGGAUCAAGAUGCAGGACUGCAUCGCCCACACAGAGAUUCGCUUCGGCAACAAGCAGACCCACCUGCGCCGCAUCUCGGAAGUUCUGAAGAUUCCUCUGGAGGACAUGGUUUUCUUCGACGACCAGCAUGGGCACUGCCGCAACGCGCGUGCUCUGGGCGUUGUCUCGGUGCAGGUGCCUCACGGUGGCGUGACGCGCGCGGCAUUCAAGCAGAUCCUGGACGAGUUCGCGCAGAGCGAGCCUGGACGAGCUCGCGCAGCGCGCGCGGAGACGACGUAG